GCCAUAUUGCUUCUUAAGAAGAGCGUCAGUCUAGGGGGCCCGGCCGUUGGUGUGCGUGUCCGCAGUGAGCAUACUCCGUAUGUGCUCACAGGUGAAGCAGUUACUGCAAGUUGUGCGCGACAGUUGAGAAAGAUGCCAAAGUGCUGCUUCCUGGUACUGCUGAGCGCAGUAGCCGUGGUGGCCCAGUUCCCGAGGGAGUGCGUGAUUCCGGAGGUUCUCAGAAGCGGCCAGUGCUGCCCAUCCCUGUCCGGAGCCGACAACGACCAAUGUGGGUCCAGCACCGGCCGUGGACAGUGCGUCUCAAUUACCGCGGACGCGCGUCGCCACGGCCCUCAGUAUCCCCACGACGGCCGGGAUGACCGGGAGAGGUGGCCCGCCCGCUUCUUCAACCGAACCUGUCAGUGUAACGGGAACUUCAGCGGCUACAACUGCGGCCGCUGCAGACACGGAUGGACCGGGCCCAACUGUGACCAGAGAGUGUCCGUGGUCAGGAGAAACGUGAUGCAGCUCAGCGCUGAGGAGAAGCGUGCAUUUGUGAAUGCACUGGACCAGGCCAAGCGCACCGUGCAUCCAGACCUGGUCAUUGCCACCCGCCACUAUGCAGAGAUUUUUGGACCGGACGAGAACACAGUGCAGUUUGAGAACAUCACCAUCUACAACUACUUUGUGUGGACCCACUAUUACUCCGUCAGCAAGACCUUCCUGGGGGCAGGUCAGGCCAGUUUUGGAGGGGUGGACUUCUCUCACGAGGGGCCUGGCUUCGUAACAUGGCACCGAUACCACCUGCUGCAGCUCGAGAGAGACAUGCAGGACAUGUUGCAGGACCCCUCCUUUGCCCUACCAUACUGGAAUUUCGCCAUAGGUGGAAGCACAUGUGACAUCUGCACUGAUGACCUGAUGGGUGCCAGAAGCAGCUUUGACAUGAACUCCCUGAGUUCGAACUCCAUCUUCUCCCAGUGGCGGGUCAUAUGCGAGAGCGUGAAUGACUACGACACACUCGGAACCAUUUGUAACAGCACUGAGACCUCACCCAUCCGGAGAAACCCUGCGGGCAAUGUCAACAGACCUAUGGUCCAGCGACUCCCUGAACCUCAGGAUGUUGCAGACUGUCUACAGGUCAACGCCUUCGACACGCCACCGUACUAUUCCACUUCAUCUGAGAGCUUCAGAAACACAAUUGAGGGCUACAGCACCCCCAAGGGAAACUAUGACCCCGUGGUGAGGAGCCUGCACAACUUGGCGCAUCUGUUUCUGAACGGAACUGGAGGACAGACUCAUCUCUCCCCAAAUGACCCCAUCUUUGUCCUGCUGCACACCUACACAGAUGCCAUCUUUGAUGAGUGGCUAAAGAGACACGGUCCAGAUGCAGCCACUUAUCCUGAUGAAAACGCCCCCAUUGGUCACAACAGAGGGUACAACAUGGUUCCCUUCUGGCCGCCAGUUACGAAUGCGGAGAUGUUUGUUACAGCACCCGAAAACCUUGGUUAUGUUUAUGAAGCAGAAUGGCCGGGCCCACCUCUCACCAUGAUCGAGAUCACCACCAUCACCGUUGUGGCUGCCCUUGUGAUUGUUGCUGUCAUCUUUGUGGUUACCACGUGCGCAGUACGCUCCAGGUCAUACAGAUCGGAUGGUCGACAACCACUGCUGGGGGAUCAGUACCAGCGCUACGAUAAUGAAAAGAGCCAAUCUGUUGUUUAAUGUAAUCAUUUAUUCUGAAAUUCCUUUACCUGCCACUGUGAUCCACUGUCUACAAAACUUGAACCUGCUACAAAUGCCUUCCAAUUCACUUAAGUUGGAUCAUUUCCACUAUCCUAAAGGGGUGAUCGCCCUUGCUUAUCCUUGAACAUUUUUACAGCAAUUUGCUUUAAAAAUGCCCUGUUACCUUUGGUGACGGAAACUCCAAGUGUUGACUGGAAGUGAGUAGAAAAUUCGGGAUGAGAUAUUUAAAAGUAUUUUACGCGUUGCUUUCUCCAUCUUUUUCUUUCAUUGUAUUUCGUCGUCAUCUGGCACACGCUGUUCUUCAAUGUAAUAAUAACCAUAGUCCACAAGGAGGUGCUCGAGUUAAUAUAUACUGUAUAUAUAUAUAUAUAUAUAUAUAUAUAUAUAUAUAUACACACACACACACACACACACACAUAUAUGUAUAUAUAUUUAUAUAUAUAUAUAUAUAUAUAUAUAUAUACACACUACUGUAGACUGAGCGUAAAAUAAAAAUCCACUCUCUUUGAUGAUGAUUAUCUGAUAAAACCGUCGAAAUUAACCCCACUUUUUUGUUGGAAGAAAUGGCUUUUCUUUGCUGUACAUUUGUACUUAUUUCAU